GUGGAUUAAUAUUGGAUAAAGAAAGCAGAGUAGUGAAAAUAGUUAAAAUAUCGAGAAUAAUCAAGUAAUUUUAAAUAAAUUAAUCAACUAAUCUGCUAAACUUCAUAUUCAUAAAUCCAUAUUCUUAUCUGUAUUUCUUUCUCUGAUCAGUAUCAUACCAACAUCACAUAAUAUCAUAAUAUAAUAAUAUAAUUUAAUUUAAUAAUUUAAUAAUUUAAUCUAAUCUAAUAUAGUACAACACAAUACAAUAUCACAAUAUCACAAUGUCUUCCUUGAUUUUCAGAUCAUUUAAAAAUGGGUUAAUUAAUAAACCAUUAAGCUUGAACUCUCAAUUGAGGUUGUUAUCUACCACUACAAGAAAUUUAAAAUCCACAUAUAACACACCUGAUUUCAGUGACUAUCUUAAACAAGGUAAGAGCAGCGACAAAUCGAGAGUUUUCACAUAUUUCAUGGUUGGAUCUUUGGGAUUGUUAUCAACUGCCGGAGCCAAAUCUACUGUUGAAACGUUUUUAAAAUCUUUAUCAGCCUCAGCUGAUAUUUUAGCCAUGGCUAAAGUUGAAGUUAAAUUAUCGUCAAUUCCUGAAGGUAAAAACGUUGUUGUUAAAUGGCAAGGUAAGCCAGUUUUCAUUAGACAUCGUACACCAGAUGAAAUUGCAGAAGCUAAUACAGUUGAAAUUUCAUCGUUAAGAGAUCCACAAGCUGAUAGUGAUAGAGCGCAAAAUCCGGAAUGGUUAGUUAUGUUGGGUAUUUGUACUCAUUUGGGAUGUGUGCCAAUUGGAGAAGCAGGAGAUUUUGGAGGAUGGUUUUGUCCAUGCCAUGGUUCUCAUUAUGAUAUUUCAGGUAGAAUUAGAAAGGGACCAGCACCACUUAAUUUAGAAGUUCCACAGUAUGAAUUUGCAGAUGAAGAAACAUUAAUUGUUGGUUAGUUGGUUUGCAAUGAAGUGGUGGAAUAGUGAAGUUAAGUUAAGUUAUUACACUACUUGAUGGAAUAAUUAAAUAAUUAAUUGAAUAUACAGUAUAUAUAUAAUUUUUAUGAAUAUAUUAUGUUUAAAAACAAUAAAAACUCCUAAAAACAAUAAAAACAAUAAAA